GCAUUCAACAAAACCCCUUCUUUCUUUCUGGUGGUAGCGGUACGUCAUAAACCCUUGAUACAUAAACCCUGAGACUGAGACGGUAACGGGCAAAGCCACCGAGGAAACAACUUUUAUCAGUUUUGAUUUGCCAUGGCAACCUCCAUAGCUUCGCAGUUACAAGCUGUCAAGACAUUGGUGCAAGCCAAUGAAGAACCGCUCAAGAGGCCUUUCACGCGCCCUUCUGUCUUAUUUAAUCCUAAAGAAGCUGCUGAUGUAGAUAUUGAAACUAUUCUAAACAUAGCACUUUCAGGGCUAGAUGUUCUUAUAAGUGUCAAUGAGCGAUUCAGAAACUAUAAGAAUGAUCUAUUCAGUUAUAAAAGUAAAGAUUUAGAUAGAGAAUUGAUGGGUAUAGAGGAGAACAAUAGGAUUGACACAUCAAUAAGUUCUUAUUUACGGUUACUUUCGGGACAUCUUCAACAACCUGCAUCACUCAAGACCCUUGAGUACUUAAUUCGCAGACACAAGAUUCAUGUAUACAAUACUGAGGAGUUGAUUCUAUGUUCUCUGCCAUACCAUGAUACCCACGUGUUUGUUCGAAUAGUGCAGUUACUUAACCUAGGAAAUAAUAAAUGGAAAUUUCUCGAAGGUGUUAAAGUUUCGGGUGCACCACCACCUAGGGCAGUCAUAGUGCAGCAGUGCAUUCGUGAUAUGGGGGUGUUGGAGGUCUUAUGUAACUAUGCAACUCCUACAAAGAAGUUUAUGCCUUUGAGGCCUGUGGUCAGCUUUUGUACAGCAGUUGUUGUUGAAGCUUUGGGUUCUGUUAUGACUAUUGAUAGUGAUGCUGUAAAGAGGAUCCUUCCAUUUGUGACCUCGGGACUUCAGCCUGGUACAAUAGGAGGUUCAGAUCACAAGGCCAGUGCUUUGAUGAUUGUUGCUUUACUAUCAAGCAAAGUUGCAUUGUCUCCAAAACUCAUCAAAAGUUUAAUUCGCUCAAUAUCUGAGACAGCUCGAGAAGAUGCAAGAGAGUCGACUGACCUGCAGUGGUUUCGAUUGUCAAUGAUGGCUUUAAUUAACCUUGUACAGUUGCAACCUGUGGAUGUGUUUCCAAAGAAGGCCAUAGACAGUUUGAAGGAAAUCAGGGACAUUGCUGGUGUUCUUUUGGGAUUGUCUAGGGAGUACAAUAUUGAUAAGUUCCUUGCUUUGCUUUUGGAAUCUCUGGUUGACUACAGUUCCUCUGAUGACCUGUGCCUUCCUGCUUUAAUAUCAAUAAUAGAGAAUGUUCCUAUAAAGAAUUUAGUUGAUCAUGUGACCUCUAAGGUUCUUUUAUCUUGUCUGAGGUUAUCACAGAAGGAUAACAAUUUACCUUCCUCAGGUUGCUGGGCCAGGAAAAUCUUGCUUGUUAUUAACAUGAAAUAUCCUUCUGAAUUGCAUGGAGCAGUUCGCAAAUUUCUUGAGGACACCAAGGUACAAUCCAAGAAAGAAGACACAGUAUAUGAAGUUUUGUGUAAAAUGUUGGAUGGGAAUAUUGAUUUGUCGGAUGCUAUCUCAGAUUCAAAAAUAUGGUUUGCAUUGCACCACCCGAAGCCUGAGGUCCGACGUGCUACAUUCUCUGGUUUGAGCUCAGUUGGAAUUUUGAAAGCAAAAGCUGUUGACACACAGAGGCUUGUAACUAUCAAAGAUGCCAUAUUGCGCCAACUUCAUGACGAUGAUCUAACCGUUGUUCAUGCUGCUCUGUCUAUUGAUGGUUUGUCCGAAUUGAUAAGUUCUUCUGAUCUUCUUGCAGCAAUGGAUGACAUUCUUAAGAGAUGUGUUAAUAUUCUGAUCUCAAGUGUUUGUGAUAAAAUUACUCUAGCUGGUGAUGUUGCUGUUUUGUGCCUGAAGAUUGCCUCUACCUUACAUAAUAAAAAUGAAUUUUCUAGGAAACUCUCUGCCAUGAUGUUUCCGUUUCUGCUUAUUCUGCCUAAGACACAGAAAGCAAAUUUAAAGGUAUUGCAGUUAGUGAAGGAGCAAAAGUUGCCAUUUUAUCAGAAUCUUGUGGUUGUUUCAAGCAACCUAAAGAAGUCUGAACCUGGAACCAUAUCGUCAACUAAUAUGGACAUUGUAAGCAGUUUGGCGAAAACAUUCUCGAAAAAUCCUGAUGAGUAUUUGUCCUUGCUUGCUGAGAGUUGUAGAGAUUUCAAAUUGUCAAAGACACUGUUCUUUUUGGUUUUGAUGCAGUCGUUGCUGAUGAAGAAUAAUGGAAGUGGUCUUUCUUUAGAAUUUUUUCAAACUUGCUUCUCCGUUCUGAGGACUGAGUGGGAAGUUUUUGCUCAUGCUGCUGAUGGUUACAUGAAAGAGUUCAAUGCAGAAAUGUUAUCUUGGGAUUGCAGAAGAUAUUUAGAUCAGCUGUUUGAUGCUGAUAUUGGGGACUUAAAUAUGAAAAUCCUAGUGUGCACAUUUUGGAGGUUACUUGAGGCAUUUAUUUCGACAAUGCCUUCAGAUGUGUUGCUGGAUGCUGAUGAAGUAUGGUUUAGCAGACUCCAGGACUUGUUUGUAUUUUUUGCAAGCGCAAAUUUGAAUCAUGUUUUCAAGGAACAUCGCCAAUUCCUUGUUUCAAAAUGCAAAGUCUCUCCUGUUCAUUUUCUGACUAGACUUUUCACAGAAGAAGAUGUUCCUCAUGCUGUCCAAAUGGAGAGUCUCCACUGUUUUGCAUUCCUUUGUUUUCAGUCAGAUGAUAGAUUGUUAUUUGAACUUCUGGCUGAAUUCCCUUCCAUUCUUGUUCCACUGGCAAGUGAUAACCAGGAUACAAGAUUAGCUGCCAUGGGCUGCAUUGAGGGUCUAUAUGCACUAUGGCGUCGUGUUGACUUUUCUAGCAAGAAAAAUGGAAAUGUUGCUAUUUGGAGUCAUUUUCUUGAUGAACUUUUGGGCUUGAUGGUUCAGCAAAAAAGGCUUAUCUUAUCAGACAAAAAUUUUCUUGCUUCCUUUAUGACAUCUCUACUUGGCUCGUCAUUACAUGGUUUCUUAGUCCCACAAAAUAUUGAACAAAGAUUCGAUCAACCUACAAAAGAAAAGGUUCUUGCUUUCAUCUUGGGUUCUGCUGUAAGACUUUCUGCAUUUGGGAAGCUAAUGAUUCUUUCAUUGCUGAAAGGACUGGGCAGUGCAAUUAUGUAUGUUAAAGAUGCCAGAUCUUGUUUGUCUGUACUUCUGGAAAGGCGCAGUCAAUACUGUUUUGAGCUUAAUAGGUCAUCUCAGAAAUUGUCCCAAAUUGAAAUUAAAAUUUUGUGCCUUCUUUUGGAGAGCUGUUGUGCUACACUCUCCUCAUUUGAUGAGCACGAUCUAAAGGGCCAUUUGUUGAAAGCUUUGCAAGUGGAUUUUAGGUCUCUGGAAGACCCUGCAUUUGUUGAACCUUGUAUUACUGUUCUGAAAAAGCUAACAAAUCAACUUUACAGUGGAUUGACAACUGAGAUGCAGGAGUGUUUGCUUUGUCACCUGGUGCUGCUCUUUCGGCAUGCUAAUGGUGAUGUACAAGAUGCAACUCGAGAGGCCUUAUUUCAGUUGAAUAUUACUUGCUCCACGGUAGGUCGGAUACUCGAUCCUCUUUUGAAACAGGAAAAUCUCGUAAUGGGAUCAGUGUAUGGGAAAAAGAAGAAGAACGCAGCUGAUAAACAGAAGUCUGACCUGCAUCUGGACAUGAUUUAUAAAGGAGAAAAUGCGCUCUCUUUUCUUAGCUCUCUGCUUGACAUACUGCUACUUAAGAAAGAUAUAGCUAACAGGGCUUUGCUUCUAGGGCCCUUAUUUAAGCUUCUUCACAAUGUCUUUUUGGAUAACUGGCUACACACCAAAGAUGAGAAGUGGAUGGAAGCUUCAUCUGGCAUUUCUGAGACCAUUUCAAGCACACUGAUUUACAUUCAGCAGACUCUUUUAAUAGUGCUGGAAGACAUUUUUGCUUCAUUUAUAAAUGAUACUCCUUUAAAGGAUGACAUACUUAAUGUAGUAGACAUUAGAUUGUUGGUUGAGUGUGCUUGUUCUGCAAAGGAUGGGGUUACUCGGAACCAUGUAUUUUCACUGUUAUCGGGAAUUGCAAAGGUUGUUCCAGACAAACUAUCAGACCAUAUAUCAGACAUACUUGCUGUUGUUGGAGGAUCAACAGUUUCUCAGAGUGACAGCCAUUCACAACAUGUUUUUGAGGAUCUCAUAUCUGCAAUUGUGCCCUGUUGGCUAUCAAAAUAUAACAAGAAAAACGAAUUGCUUCAGGUUUUUGUGAAUGUGUUGCCUAAUGUUGCUGAGCACAGAAGGCUGUCAAUUGUUGUCUAUCUAUUAAGGACUUUGGGAGAAUGUGAUGGUUUGGCUUCGUUGCUUGUCCUCCUUUUCCACUCCUUGGUUUCAAGGAAAGAAUUAUCUUGCCUUGGUGAUGCACACAGUGCAGAUAAUUUUGUAUCUUCUGCACAAAGAGAGUGGGCAUAUGCCUUUGCUGUACAAAUAUGUGAGCAAUAUUCAUGUGUCCUAUGGCUUCCUUCGCUUGUUAUGAUGCUUCAACAGAUAGGGAUUGGUAAUUUGGAAGUAAUUUCUAUGGAGUUGCUACUGGCAAUGCAAUUCAUUUUGCACAAGAUGCAAGAUCCAGAAUUUGCAUUUAAGUGUAAAUCAACAGAAUAUUUAGAUAGCAUUCAGAGAACACUUGAAGAACUUAUGGAGCAGAUUGUUUUCCUCUUACAAUAUGUUGACAGAAGAGGAAAACAAUUAAGUGUUAAUGUUGCUAUUAGAAAAGAAUUGAAGGAGUGUAUGCAUGCUGUCUUGAGGACUAUUACAAUGGUCAUGAUGCCCUCUGCAUACUUUAAAAGCAUCAUUAAUUUGCUUAGGAAUGCGGAUGGCAAUGUGAGAAAGAAGGGUCUUGGGCUUUUAUGUGAGACAGUGAAGGGCCAUGAGUCAGUUAAACCAAAGCACAAGGCGAGAAGAGAACUUAAUCCAAAUUCAAGUAGUCAUUGGCUUCAUCUGGAUGAGAAUGCUUUUGAAUCUUUUAAUAGGAUGUGCUUGGAAAUUGUUCAAAUAGUUGAUGACUCCGCUGGAGAAUCAAACAUUUCAUUAAAACUGGCUGCAGUUACAACUUUAGAGGUUUUAGCCAAUAAGUUUCCUUCAUAUUAUUCUGUCUUCAACGUGUGCCUAGCAUCUGUUACAAACAGCAUUAGUUCACAGAACCUGGCUAUCUCGUCUAGCUGUCUCCGAACAACUGGUGCUUUGGUCAAUGUGCUUGGGCCAAAGGCAUUGGUGGAGCUCCCUUGUAUAAUGGAGAAUGUGAUAAAGAAGUCACAUGAAAUCUCUACCACUAUUGACUUUAAAAACGAAUCUGAUGAUAAUGUAGCUCUGAGAGAAUCUCUGACAGCAUCUGUUCUUAUCACCUUGGAGGCAGUUAUAGACAAGCUUGGUGGUUUUCUAAAUCCAUACCUUGGAGAUAUUACAAAAAUUUUGGUGCUUCAUCCUGAAUAUCUGCUGGGAUCAGAUUCAAAACUGAAAGUGAAAGCUGAUGCAGUUCGAAGGCUUCUCACUGAGAAAAUUCCUGUUCGACUUGCUCUGCCACCCUUGCUGAAAAUAUAUAUUGGUGCCGUUGAUGCUGGUGAUGCAAGCUUGGUAAUUGCUUUUGAAAUGCUAGGAAAUGUUGUUGGGAGAAUGGAUAGAUCAUCUGUUCGUGGUUUCCAUGGAAAGAUUUUUGACCAGUGCUUGAUUGCUCUUGAUCUUCGGCGCCAACACCGUCUUUCAAUUCAGAACAUUGAUAUUGUAGAAAAGAGUGUCAUAACUACAAUGAUUGCUCUUACAAUAAGAUUAACGGAGACUAUGUUUAGGCCUCUUUUUAUCAAAAGUGUAGAAUGGGCAGAGUCAGAAGUGGAAGAUAUUGUCUCUAUGGGAAGCAAAAGUAUAGAUAGAGCGAUAACUUUCUAUGGCCUUGUAAACAAACUUGCUGAGAAGCAUCAGUUUUUGUUCGUCCCUUAUUUCAAGUACUUACUUGAGGGUUGUGUUCGGCAUCUUACUGACACUGGAGAUGUAAACUCUGCUAAUAUGACUCGUAAAAAAAAGAAGGUCAGGACUCAGGAAGCAGGCAAUGUAAAAGAGCAAAACAGUUUAUUAUCAAUUACUAACUGGCACCUCAGGGCUUUGGUCAUAUCAUCAUUGCAUAAAUGUUUUCUCUAUGAUACUGGGAGCCUGAAGUUUCUUGACUCCUCAAAUUUUCAGGUUCUAUUAAAACCUAUUGUCUCACAGCUCAUCGCAGAACCACCAGCUAGUCUGGAAGAGCAUGUGAAUGUACCAUCUGUGGAUGAAGUUGAUGACUUGUUGGUUGUUUGUAUUGGUCAAAUGGCUGUUACUGCAGGAACUGACCUUCUGUGGAAACCCCUGAACCAUGAGGUCUUGAUGCAAACUCGUAGUGAGAAGGUGCGGUCUCGAAUUCUGGGACUGAGAAUUGUGAAGUACUUUGUUGAUAACUUAAAGGAAGAAUAUCUGGUUUUACUGGCUGAAACAAUACCCUUCCUUGGUGAAUUGCUAGAGGAUGUAGAGUUACCUGUGAAAUCUCUAGCUCAAGAUAUUAUAAAGGAAAUGGAGUCUAUGAGCGGCGAAAGCCUUCGACAAUACCUGUGAUGUACUUUGUCUGUACACAUUCAAUUUUGUCAUCCAAAUGCGAUAAUUGAGCCAAUGUAUUAGGCUUCCAGUUUUUGAGGGGAAACUGUAAAUUAAUAGUGGGUUAUAAGUUUUGUAGUUUUAGGCAAAACCAAUUGGUUCAAUCUCAGUUGGUUCCAGUGUGGAACAGGUAUAGGACUUUUAAGUAUUUAUAUGCUUGGGAUAAGUUAAUUCCUCGAGUAAAAAUUGCCCAUCGAGUAAAUUAUGAACAUUAUGUUGUGCAUCAUUCUCAACAAAGCCAUCGUUCUUGUU